UCUCCCCCUUCAUCUGUUCCCGGACAGUAUGCACCGCCAGCUGCUCCACCAGCUCCAGCAGCCCCACCUCUUCCUCCGUCACCACCUCUUCCUCCCCCACCACCUCCUGCUGCACCUCCGCCUGCAUUACCUCCUGCGCCAGCGUAUCCGGCUCCGCCGUCCCAAACUCCAUUAGCGCCACCAUCUCCUCCGGCUCCGUCCACAGCACCAGCACCCCAGCCGGCUUAUGCUCCACAUAUUCCGUCCAUUCAAGGUGCUCCUUCCAUGCCAAGAGGCAAGUAAAUCAUUUGCUAAUAGUAACAAUAUAAUAACGAUGAUGAUGAUGAUGAUAAUGUUAAAAAUAAUAACUGAUAAAUUGUUUUUCCCUUGUUUUGCAUUAUGAAAUUGACUAGAGCGUUUAUUUCGAUGUGAAAUGCAUGGAUAUUAGAUCUGAAGAAAAAACAACUAAUUAUGCUCUUUUAGUUGAUAAUAAUAGUGACAGCAUGUAUACUUAAUUAUAACGUGGAAGAUAAUUAUGAUAGUUGCCGUCCCUGUUCUAAGCAGUUCAAUAGCUUUCUCUUUUGUUAUAAUUGAAGACAACUGAUUAAUAUCUUUUUGAUAUUACAACUGAUGGUUACUCAAUGACGUAGCUUUCGAAUUCAGUACUGAUUUUACAAUCCUCGCCCUUCUAAACCGUAACAAAGGUACUUAAUUCUAGACAGCAAUAUACGUUGGCAGCCUCCCCUUACGUACGAUUUAUCCAAUAAUUUUAUUUUUCAUAGUUUAUGAAAAAAGAAAUUGCUUUUUUACUGUUUGCAGACAAUGGGUCGGUUCAUUACCAUUACCACUAUUAUAAAUCCAAGACGGAUGACCACCUACAUGGUAAUGAUACACUUUUAUUUUAUGUAUUUAGCACCCAUGACAAAGCCUUAUUUUUCCUAAAUUCCACCAUUUUCACCUAGGCCAUAAUGCACCUAAUUUACUUCCCCAAAUUUUUGCACAACUCGGCGUUGUCUUCGAUUUUCCUUGGUAGGCCAGUCAUACCCAGGAGAAAUUGGAAACAAUGGUUAUGCAAAUUUGAUGGGUUUGUACUAUCGACCGAGUGAACAAGAAAACAACGCCAUGCUUGUUUGUCUCGAAUAACUCCGUACUUUUACUGACGGAUCACGUGACGUGAUGAACUAGUGAUUAACGACAUUACAGGGUUAACAAGGUGCAUUAUGGUCAAUGUGAAAAUGUUGAGUUGAUACAGGAAGGAAGAUCAAAUAAUGAUCUUGCCCCAGUUGUUCAAACGUUAGAUAGCGCUAUCAACCGGAUAAAUCACUAUCCAGCGGAUAUCUAUUAGGGAAACCAAUUGCGUUAUCUCGUACUGGACAGAAAUUUAUCCACUGGAUAACGGUAUCCACCUUUUGAACAUCCGGGGCCAGGAAUCAUUGUCACACUUCAGAUGAUUCUUCAAAUUUAUUUAUUUUUACGUAUAAGUCAUCACUAAUCAGACAUAACAUCUGUGAGGGAUUGGUUCGAUAACCAACCGAUACUCAGGAAAAUGAGCCCCCUCUCAUCUCCCCAAAAGAGCUUCGGGGAAGAUCAAAGUCCAGACCCUGGAGACGGCGGAAAUCGACAAUCCUGGACAAAACUACUUGAGAAAAUGUUUUCAUUAAUGCGCACUACCUAACGCAACAAAACUAUUCCCAAAUCAACGGCUUUGCGUAAAGAAACCCCCUCCCCCAGUUCAAAGUUGCUUCCUACAAAUGCUUAGGGAUCCGGCUUUCUUUGAAAGACCCAACAACACUGCUUCCAGGGGGAGAGGGGGAGGGAAGAAUGGGUCGGCUACGAAGUUUAGAAAAAAUGACCCCCAAGAAGGCAAUUUUCUCAACAGUUUUGUCCACGAUUGGAGCCUAUGUGAAGGAUACUAAAAUAAUAAUUAGAUCAAAAAGCCAAUCUCGACUCUUAUGUAAACUUUUUAACAGCAAAGAAGAGUGUUUUACCUGAUAUCCUAUAUUUUUCCAUGUCUUUGAUCUGAAGCUUGCCCAAGCAGCUGUUCUCCUAAUUCUGUUCCAUGCCCUCCCGCCUGCCCGAUACACUGCUGUAAGCGAGACUUGGACGAAUACGUAGACGACGAGAGCGACGAAGAUCAAACAACAGAGAAGUGA